AUGAAAGGCCAGAACCCCCAAGACCACCACAGAACGUUGCAACAGCAACACAAACCACCCCCACAACACAUCAUCAUAACCCUCACACCUACCACAACAAAACCCACCCACACAAACAACAACACCCACAACAAACAUCACAUCCUCAGCAACCAACGGAAUACAACCACCUCCACUACAGCAACAACAACCACAGCAACACAGACACAAGAACCCAGACAUAGGCAGCAGAAACCCCCCACCAAUCAGAGACGCAAUCCACCUACACAACAAAAGCAAACCACACCCCACAACAAGACCAACAACGGAACACAUACCACAGAGACCCCAGACAGACACAAAACCAAGACACAAACACACACCCACACCUGCCUCAAACCCCAUGUCUUCUACUCCACAUCAACUCGGAAAACACCCCUACUUCCCACCCCACCCAAUCACAUGACACACCCCCCACCCCCACUCCACCCGUGA